GUGGUGUAUAAGAACAAUGACAUCCGUCUCGAGUUGUCCCGCCUGGCUCGAAUUGUGGACCCUAAGAUGAAAAUUCAGGGCGAGGUGUCAUACAAGUGUGAGAAUGUGGCCACCCUGGACCCCAUUUCUUUCGAGACUCCCGAGGCCUACAUCAGCCUCCCCAAGUGGAACACUAAGCGGAUGGGAUCCAUCUCUUUCGAUUUCCGCACGACCGAGCCCAACGGCCUUAUCCUUUUCACCCAUGGCAAACCCCAGGAGCGAAAAGACGCUGCCCGCAGUCAGAAGAACACCAAGGUGGAUUUCUUUGCAGUGGAGCUGCUGGAUGGCAGCCUGUACCUGCUGUUGGAUAUGGGCUCAGGGACUAUCAAGGUGAAGUCCACCCAGACAAAGGUCAAUGAUGGUGCCUGGUAUCACGUGGACAUCCAGAGAGAUGGACGCUCGGGCACCAUCUCUGUAAACAGCAGGAGGACCCCGUUCACUGCCAGUGGUGAGAGUGAAAUUCUGGACCUGGAAGGCGACAUGUACUUGGGGGGGCUUCCCAACGACCGCACCAACCUCAUCCUGCCCACCGAGCUCUGGACAGCGAUGCUCAACUACGGCUAUGUGGGCUGUAUCCGUGACCUUUUCAUUGAUGGUCGAAGCAAGGACAUCCGUCAGAUUGCUGAGGCACAAAAUGGCGCUGGCAUCAAACCCUCGUGCAACAAGCAGCCUGGCAAGCAGUGUGAGAGCUACCCAUGCAAGAACCGAGGUGUCUGCAAAGAAGGCUGGAAUCGUUUCAUCUGCGACUGCACUGGCACUGGUUACUGGUCACGCACCUGUGAGAGAGAGGCUUCCAUCCUCUCUUAUGACGGCAGCAUGUACAUGAAGGUGGUGAUGCCGACCAUCAUGCACACGGAGGCCGAGGACGUCUCCCUGCGCUUCCGUUCCCAGCGGGCCUAUGGCCUCCUCAUGGCCACCACCUCCCGAGACUCAGCCGACACGCUUAGGCUGGAGUUGGACGGGGGUCGUGUCAAACUCACGGUCAACCUAGACUGUAUCAGGAUAAACUGUAACUCCAGCAAGGGACCGGAGACCCUGUAUGCCGGGCAAAAGCUCAAUGAUAAUGAAUGGCAUACAGUGCGUGUGGUGCGUCGCGGCAAAACCUACAAGCUAACGGUUGACGAUGAUGUAGCAGAAGGACAAAUGGUGGGUGACCACACUCGUCUGGAGUUUCACAACAUCGAAACCGGCAUCAUGACAGAGCGUCGGUUUGUUUCCAGCAUCCCGUCCAGCUUCAUUGGUCAUCUGCAGAGCCUUAGAUUUAACGGCAUGCUCUACAUCGACCUAUGCAAGAAUGGUGACAUUGAUUAUUGCGAACUCAAUGCCCGCUUUGGGAUUCGUUCCAUUAUUGCCGACCCCGUCACCUUCAAAUCCAAGAGUAGCUAUCUGAGCCUGGCCACCCUACAGGCCUACACAUCCAUGCACCUCUUCUUCCAGUUCAAGACCACCUCCCCAGAUGGCUUCAUACUCUUCAACUCUGGAGAUGGCAAUGAUUUCAUCGCUGUAGAGCUGGUUAAAGGGUACGUCCACUAUGUGUUUGACCUUGGAAAUGGGCCCAACCUCAUCAAGGGCAAAAGUGAAAGGGCACUGAAUGACAACCAGUGGCACAAUGUGGCCAUCACCCGAGACAACAGCAACACCCACACACUGAAAGUAGACGCUAUAGCCACUAGUCAGAGUAUCAAUGGGGCCAAGAACCUGGACCUGAAAGGUGAUCUGUUCAUCGCAGGACUGGGUCCUGGCAUGUAUGGCAAUCUGCCUAAACUGGUGGCUUCCAGAGAAGGCUUCCAGGGCUGUUUGGCGUCGGUGGACCUCAACGGCCGCCUGCCAGAUCUCCUCAGUGACGCCUUGUUUCGCAGCGGACAGAUUGAACGUGGAUGCGAAGGUCCCAGCACCACAUGUCAGGAGGACUCCUGUGCCAACAUGGGCAUUUGUAUCCAGCAGUGGGAAAACUACACCUGCGACUGCUCCAUGACUUCCUACACUGGCACACAGUGCAAUGACCCUGGGACGACGUACAUCUUUGGCAAAGGAGGAGGCCUCAUCACAUUCAAGUGGCCAGCCAAUGAGAGGCCGAGCACCAGGACCGACAGGCUGACCGUCGGUUUCAGCACCUCCCUGAAAGAUGGCAUCCUGGUCAGGAUUGACAGCGCACCUGGUCUGGGUGACUAUCUCAUGCUGCACAUACAACAAGGCAAAAUCGGGGUGACAUUCAACAUUGGCACAGUGGAUAUCAGUGUGCAGGAGAGCAGUACCCCAGUGAAUGAUGGGAAGUAUCAUGUUGUCCGCUUCACCAGGAAUGGUGGCAACGCUACGCUGCAGGUGGACAACUGGUCAAUCAAUGAACACUUCCCAACAGGGAACAGCGACAUUGAACGCUAUCAAAUGGCCAAUAAGAAAAUUCCUUUCAAAUACGCCAGACCAGUAGAAGAGUGGCUACAAGAGAAAGGACGGCAGCUAACAAUUUUCAACACCCAAGCGACAGUCGCAAUCGGUGGUAGUGAUCGCGGCCGGCCCUUUCAGGGUCAACUGUCUGGCCUUUAUUACAAUGGGCUCAAGGUGUUGAACAUGGCUGCUGAGGGCAACCCUAACAUCAAGAUUAAUGGCAGUGUGAGGUUGGUAGGUGAUGUGCCCAGUGUGGCAGGCUCAGCCAGGACCACGGCCAUGCCUCCAGAGAUGUCCACUACCUUCAUUGAGACUACCACCAUGAUGUCCACCACUACCACACGGAAACACAGAUCCUCCUCAACUGUACAGCACACAGGAGAUGAAAUUGUGUCAUCUGCAGAGUGUUCAAGUGACGACGAGGACCUGGAGGAGUGUGAAACUAGCCAUGCAGGUGGGCUAGGAGCUGAGUUAGUCAUCCCAGUACUUGAGGAUCCAUUAGCGCACCCCUCUGUAGCUCCUCGUGCACCCUUCAUUCCCACUCCCUCAACCCACCACCCACUCCUCACCAUUAUUGAGACCACCAAAGAGUCCCUGUCCAAGGCCACUGAGGCGGGGGUACCUUGCUUGUCGGACCGAGGCAGCGAUGAUUGUGAUGAUGAUGGCUUGGUGAUAUCGGGGUAUGGCUCUGGGGAAGCGUUCAAGUCUAACCUGCCCCCUACUGAUGAUGAAGAUUUUUACACGACCUUCUCCUUGGUAACAGAUAAGACCUUGUCCACGUCAGGCUUUGAAGGUGGCUACAAAGCUCACGCGCCCAAGACUUUUAGACCUAACAAACCUUCAAUCUCCAGACGCGGUAGGGCUACCACUACCGCCAUACCACUAACCGCCGACCAGAGCCGCACCACCGCCACCUCUGCCUCCACCGCAACCCUCCACAAUGCUCCGGCCAAACAGCCGGCUGGCAAAACGAAUAACCGCGAGCUAAAACCCCAGCCCGACCUAGUGUUGCUUCCAUUGCCCACAUCCUUUGAGGUAGACAGCACCAAGCUGAGGGGCCCAUUAAUAACCUCCCCAAUGUUCCGUAAUAUACCCACAGCACUCCCCACAGAGCCGGGCGUCAGGCGAGUUCCAGGGCCCUCGGAAGUGGUCCGUGAAUCUAGCAGCACCACCGGGAUGGUCAUCGGAAUAGUGGCAGCCGCUGCCCUGUGCAUCCUCAUCCUUCUGUAUGCCAUGUAUAAGUACAGGAACAGGGAUGAAGGCUCCUACCAGGUGGACGAGAGCAGGAACUACAUAACCAACUCAGCUGUGCAGAGCAAUGGCGCUGUCAUGAAGGACAAACAGCAGAGCUUGAAAGGCAGCAACAAGAAACAGAAAAAUAAGGAUAAGGAGUAUUAUGUGUGACUGUGAGACUUUCGUGAACACGAGAGAGUGAAGAAAGAAAGCACUAAGAGAACAUUUACUUAUCAGUUUCCUUGUGAGGAGCUAUGACAAAUGAUGGUAUAACGUGGAACUUGAAUAAUCCUAUACUGUGCUGAGUAGUUGAACUGAUGAUAUGUACUGUAAUAUAAAGCACACUUACUAUUGUAAGCAUAACGACAAGGCUAAAUAGCAACUUUAGAGACCUAACUCUUCUAUCUGGUCAGAGACGUUAUCAGUAUAGAAAUAUUUCACAGCUACAUCAUUCUCCUAAGUGACUUUUAGAGCUAUGUGAUCCUUGGCAUUGAACAAAAUUUUUUUUGUAAAAUUGUUAAUUACAAAAGGCUCAUAAUCUUAUACAUUUUCAGCAUGUAAGCAACAUGUAGUGCUUUACAAGAGGGGGCUCAGGCACACCAUCAUUGUAAAACUAAAAAAGGACUCUUGUUAUAUCAGAAUAUGACAAAUUUUUAUGGUUUAUACAUAAUACAAGUGUGGUGUCUAACUUAUUUUUGCUUUAAGCAAAAGAAACAAAAAGACAAAAAGAACAGCAAGAAAAGAAAACUAUUUCUGUGUAUAAAAUGAUACCAAGUGAGCAAAUUGCCAUGGGCAGAUCUCAUAGAAUCUGUUGGCUCUGGCAUCUGAUUCACCACAGUUAUUCCUCAUUGUCUGACAGACGGAGUGACUCACUUUGUGGAAAGAAGUGGCCGUUUCUCUUGGUAAAAAGCAACUGAUUGUAAAAUGCAUGCCAUCCUAAUUCAGUACAGUAAAGUACAGUACAGUAAAAGUCCAGUAUACAGUGUUGAACUUGGACCAUGUUCUCUUUAAUGCCAAACAGUUCUUCAUCAUCAGAUCAGAACUUGCCCCUGUCCUCUCUUUUCGA